GCAAUGAUGACACUCAUCGCUUCAGUGAAUUUGGUCAUGAGCCACCGUGAUCGGAGAUGGCUUACACCGCUGGAGCUGUUGUCAACACAAGGCUUCACGAUUGAUGUGAAGCACAGCUAUGGCAAAGCUGUGAACAGUUUUUCCUUGCGUAGGCUUCAUGAAGAACGAGGAUUUGCCAUGUCCAUCCCAAAAUCCUCUCGACGUGCCAUGUGCCACCAAGCAGGAAAUUCGAUGCACGUGACUAUCAGUGGUAUGGCCUUCAUGUACAUCCUCACACAGAUCAUGAUGGACCCACAUGUCAUGAGUUUACAGGCGUUUGCACGUCGGCGAGAUGUGUCACUGACGCCCACCUCGAAACCCAUGAGUCCAAAGGCUGAUAAGAAACGCAAGCGUCAAGAGGACGAGCAGCCAACAUGA